AUGGACAAAAGUUGGAUGAAUCUCCAUGAUAGGCUUAGAUCAGCUGAAUAUGCAGAAGGUGUUGAGCAGUUCCUCACAUUGGCAAGAAACCACGCAGCUGGAAGUGACCACAUUCGGUGUCCGUGCCGUGUAUGUGCUAAUAACAUUUGGUUACCUAUAAGUGAGGUGGAAACUCACUUGUUCAUUACUGGGAUUAAUCCUAACUACACAGACUGGAUAUUUCACGGGGAGGAGGAAGUAUGGAAUGUGACCGAUGAUGAGGAUAAUGUUGAGGCCAUUAGUGAUGAAGCAGAAUACAUUGAUGACAUAGAUGAGAUGUUAGAUGACUUUAGGGCUGGGACGUUCGGUGAAGGAACCUCGGGCAACCCCAUCCAUGAUGGCCCGACUCCUAUACCUAACAUCAAUCAAAGCAACGCAUUUGAGAAACUAUUAAAUGAUGCCCGACAGCCACUCUUUGAGGGUUGUGCACAGUUUUCCCAACUCUUCUUCAUUGUGAAGUUGCUACAUAUUAAAACAAUUGGGGGCUGGUCAAUAAAAUCAUUUGACAUGUUACUUGAAUUGUUGAGGUCUGCAUUUCCUAAUGCUGUCUUGCCACGCUCAUACCAGGAGUCACGAUCAUUGCAGCGGGGUUUAUGCUUUACAUACACCAAAAUUCAUGCUUGCCGUAAUGACUGCAUUUUAUUCUGGAGGGAACAUUCCAACCUAAAUGAGUGCCCUAAAUGUGGGGUUUCACAGUGGAUGUCAACCACACACAACAAACGCCCAAUCCCUCAGAAGGUCCUACGUCAUUUCCCCUUGAAGCCAAGGUUACAGCGGCUAUUCAUGUCACAGAAGAUAGCUUCUGAUAUGAGAUGGCAUAAAGAGCAACGAAUAGAUGAUGACAUCAAUAUGAGGCAUCCAGCUGAUUCUGAGGUCUGGAAGGCAUUUGAUAAGGAGCAUAGUUGGUUUGCUCAAGAUUCUCAAAAUGUUCGGCUGGGUUUAGCAAGUGAUGGCUUCAACCCUUUUAACAAUAUGGCUAAACCUUGUAGAAAUGAAAUAGAUGUCUACUUGCAACCUUUGGUAGAUGAGUUGAAUGAUCUUUGGGAAAACGGGGUUGCUACAUAUGAUGCCUCUACCAAGACUAAUUUCUUACUUCACGCAGCUUUAUUGUGGACAAUCAACGACUUCCCAGCAUAUGGUAACCUUUCCGGGUGGUCAACCAAAGAGAAACUGGCGUGUCCGACAUGCAAUUCGGGCACAGAUUCUAUGUGGUUGACCUAUGGCCAAAAGCAUACAUAUAUGGGGCAUCGACGAUUUUUACCACUUGAUCACAUAUGGAGAACUAAAAAACGUGUGUUCAAUGGUAAAAAAGAUCAUCGCUUACCAUCACUUCCUCUAACGAGACCAGAGGUUAUCAAUCAAUUAAUUCAUCUUCGAGAUGUGCACUUUGGCAAGGGUGUGAAGAAGCGCAAACGUACUCCAGAGGAAUUGAAUUGGACAAAAAGGAGCAUAUUCUUCACUUUGCCAUAUUGGUCAACAAUUAAGCUUUGA